UAGCCGAAGCACCAACAGGAUCAUCAAUCCUCAGUUUAUCAAACAGUGGCAUGGUGAAGCAGCAACCAAAGCUCCAAGGAUGCCAUUUAUUUGGCUGAGGAUGUCUAUUCCCUGGGAACUGUUCAAGCUGAAGAAUAGCCCAACUAGUCCUCCGCCAAUACUUGCCAUCACUGUAGAAACUGCAGCGCGUGCUGAAUACUUCCAUUUGUCGUCUGUAACACCAUAAGUGCUUCCACUAUUGAAUGCUAGCCAGCCCCACCAGAGCACAAACAGUCCCAGGAUCGCGUUUACUGGAGAUCCCAGCGGUAGAGGGUCCAGACCGUAGUCGUAGCGACCUAGACGAGGUCCUAGCAUUAUUGCACAAGCUAGCGCUGAUAUUCCACCGACUAAAUGGACUGGUCCUGACCCGGCGAUAUCGACUGCUCCUAAGUUGUGGAGGAAACCGUGGUCACCCCAUACCCACCCUGCUGGUAUGCAAUAGACGAUGGUGUUCAAGAAAGAAAACAGGCAGUAAGCCUUGAAAUUACAUCUGGGGAAAUUAAAUGUAGAUAACUUGUU